GGGUGUUUUCUACAAAUUCAUCCCCCGGACGGUCCUCCAACUCCAGUCCGCACUCGUCACUAUACAGAAAUCCCGAAACCUAGCGGCCGCAAACUCCGCCAUGGAACUUGGCUCUGCAAGAACGACUCUUCUCCGCUCUCUCCAAGCAAGCAAACUUCUCUGCAGAUGGACGGCGCCGGCCUUAUUCUCUACGGACAUCGUCGGCGACAAGCCCAUUCUCGUUCGAGAUUAUAUUCGAUGGGCGUUGUAUGAUCCCAAUCACGGGUACUUCUCGAAGCUGUCGGGGCCUGUGGGAUUGCUUGAGAAGAGCAUCCGGUUUAAUCAGCUCCAAGGUAGGACUGCAUACUUGAAGUACUUGGAUAAUCUCUACAAGCAGCAUGAUAUUGCCUGGUUUACUCCUGUGGAGCUUUUCAAGCCUUGGUAUGCACAUGGUAUAGCAGAAGCAAUACUGCGAACAGCUAACCUCUCUGUCCCAUUAAAGAUAUAUGAAAUAGGGGGUGGUUCCGGAACCUGCGCGAAGUGUAUAAUGGACUACAUGAUGCUAAACGCGCCUCCAAAAGUAUAUAAUAAUAUGACUUACACUUCAGUGGAAAUUAGUCCUUCUCUUGCCAAAAGGCAGCUGGAAACUGUUGGGGAAGUCCAGAGUCAUUCAUCUAGGUUCAGUGUAGAAUGUCGUGAUGCAACUCACAAAAAAGGAUGGGGGGAUGUGCAGCCUGAGCCAUGUUGGGUUAUAAUGCUUGAGGUACUUGACAAUCUUCCGCAUGAUAUUGUAUAUUCUCUAAAUCAAGGGUCUCCAUGGAUGGAGGUUUGGCUUGAAAAAGCACAGAACAGUUCACAAAUCUCUGAGGUCUAUAAACCGAUAGAAGAUAAACAGAUUGAUCAGUGCAUCAAGAUUAUUGGCAUGGAUAAAGAGCUUGCAAAUGAAAACAUACUAAUUUCAACUGCAAGAAGCAUGUGGUCGAAAGUAUUUCCAAAGCCUCAAAGAGUAUGGUUGCCUACAGGCUGCCUGCAAUUAUUAGAGGUUCUGCAUUGGGCUCUCCCGAAGAUGUCUCUUAUUGCUUCUGAUUUUAGCUACCUUCCUGAUAUCAAAAUAGCUGGUGACAGAGCUCCUCUUGUUUCAACUAAGAAAGAUGGCAGAACUGUUGACCAUAGCAGCUAUCUCGAUGCAAAGGGUGAUGCUGAUAUAUUCUUCCCAACAGACUUCUGGCUCUUGGAGCGAAUGGAUCAUCACUGCUCUGGAUGGUCAAAUGAGAUGAAAGGAUCGACGUCAUCUAAGCCUGUGAAGAAGCGAAGAACUAUAACACUUGACACAGGUGCCUUUAUGGAGGAAUUUGGUUUGCCAUCAAAAACAAGGACUAAAGAUGGGUAUAACCCACUACUAGAUGAUUUCAAGAACACUAAAUUCUACUUGAGUGUGCCAACACAUAAUUUCAAGUAAAUAUGGUCUACAUAUUUCCAGUAUGGCAAAAAGAAAAGCAGAUAGCCAGAGAGCAUAAUUUCAAAUUACAUCAGAUUCAAGGGAAGAAAUAUUUAUUGGUUUUGCCCCACAAUUCUCCCUGCUAAUGAAGUCCUACUCGCGGUGAGAAAUUGUCUGAAGUUCAAAUGAAAUCAGGAGCUCGGCUUGAUAUCAUAACUCUCGUCAGAACUGAAUAUAUAUGAUUUGAUGGAUUUUUGUCCCCUUGAGAUAUAUACGUCUUUUAGCCAAAUUGUUUGCUGAUAAUGUUCAUACAGGGUAGCGUCUCUUAAUUAAUAGUGGCAGCUGAAAAACAUGCUGUAUCUCGCUGCCUUUUUCCGUGGAGGGAUAAUUGUUGAAGUGGGGGAUGGAUUCAUUUAUUUAUUUAUUUAUUUUUCUUUUUUUUUCUUAA